UAGCUAGGAUAUAAAAAUAUUGUGAAGUUUCAGGUGCAAACUUACCAAGAGCUGCAGCAUUCGUAGUCUCGGCCGCCAGCAUGUCUUCAGUACAGCGCCUAGCAUUAGUGGUGUUCUGUUGGGCGUCUUUAGCUUCUGUGUCCAGUAAAAUGUCUCAAGUGAACGUGACUACAAGCAAAGGGGACAUCAUCGGACUUCGUGUCGACCCCAACCCCGCUACCGGGGUCUCUUACGAUGCCUUCCUCGGUGUCCCGUAUGGCAAAGUUCAGGGCCGAUUUCAGGUUGCAGUACAGCCAGACAGCUGGUCUCAACCUCUGGUUACACAAGAGGACGGACCAAUGUGUCCUCAACCGAACGCAAAGUAUAGCGAGAACUGUCUAUUCCUUAACGUAUUCACACCGGUGAAUGCCUCUCAAAAUGCUACAGCUUCCUUACCUGUGAUGGCUUUUAUUCAUGGAAGCGCCUUUACAGUCAGUUCUAGUUCUUCCAGAUCAUACGGACCAGACUUUUUGAUCCCUGAAGGUGUCAUUCUGGUUGCCAUGAACUACAGAUUAGGGGCUGCAGGUUUCCUGACACUUGGCACCAAGAUAGCACCAGGUAACCUAGGACUAACAGACACCUUGCUGGCGUUACAGUGGAUCCAAAAAGAGAUUCACAAUUUUGGAGGAAAUCGUUCAUCAGUAACAUUGAUGGGUCAGAGCGCUGGUUCCGUCAUGACCCAGUUUCAUUAUCUCUCCCAACAGUCCACAGAUCUGUUUGUCCGAGCGAUUGCUCAUAGCGGGUCAGCAGCUUCCGAUUGGGGUCUUCUUACGCUACAGGAGGGCGUCCGUAGAUCCAUGUUGUUGGCUCAGUCAGUGGGUUGUGAUCCAACCAUGAGUAAUAUUGAACUCUUGAAAUGUCUACAAGCAGUGGACAUCAAAUAUAUUGUAGCUAAUCAAUCAAUUAUUCUCCCUGAAGAAGAUAUCAUCUCAGGAUCUUGUGGAAUGAGGUUUGUGCCAGUGUUGGACUCCUACUUGACAGCCGAUAUGCCUUUCUUCAACAAUACUCUAGAGAAUCUCAUGGCUCAAGCUCUAGCCCGGGGGAAGCCACUCAUCACAGGGAUUACCAGAGAAGAUGGAGUUGUCAAAUUCAUGUUGGAUGAUACAUGGCGACUAGCAGAAGACAACUUAGCAACUUUCAUACCACGGAGACUCUACCAGAGUGCAAGUGACGAUGACAAGGUGUCACUACAAGAACAGAUACGAGACAGAUAUUUCAGAGAUACCGUAGAUAACAACAAAGUGUCAGAUUUAAUCCGUAUCUACACGGACACAAUGUUCGCUUACCCUUCCACACAGAUCACCAAAUACUUUGCAAACAUCACUUAUGGCUAUUUGUUCCAAUAUUUUGGGUUUGGGUGGACAUAUGCCCCAAUCAAAGUUUUUCCUUAUAACAUGAAUCCUGUAAACCAUGGAGAUGACUUACACUACCUGUUCUACAUGGCUGAUGAUCCUCAACCAUUGGACAACUGUAGUCUCAACUGGCCCAAUCUGCAAAUGAGAGACAACAUGGUAGCCUGGUGGACAAGCUUUGCUAAAACUGGAAUCCCCAGUACAUCAUGGAAGCCUGUAUCGCAAUAUGGUUACUUGGUCAUAGAUCAUCCUACAUGGACAAAGAAUUCUUCAAGCUUUUAUAAUCAAUAUCACGACUUCUGGGCCGAUCUCAGACUGUCCCGCAGCAGUACUGCCAAGCUCUCAACAACAACUAUCUCCAUACUUCUCAGUGCUAUGCUAAUUCUCAUCUUUCACUACUGAUCAUUAAAUGUCUUCAUUAGUGACUUGAUAUGUGUAACUUUUUAAGAUCCAAUUUCAACCAACAAAUGUAUUUCUUCAUAAAUAAAUUAUGUAUACUAAGUAAAUGUGGUAAUACAAAUGUAAACAUUAUUGUAUAUAUAUAUAUAUAUAUAUAUAUAUAUAUAUAUAUAUAUAUAUAUAUUAUCAUAUUAAAUAUGUUACUUUUAUUUAUUAAUGUAAAUACUGUUAAAUACAACUUCACGUUGAUAAAUUGCAAAAUGACAAAAGCAACUUAUGUAUACUGUAUACAUUUAUAGUACCCCACUUUAUAGUUAAAUGCAUGACAUAAAUCCUAUUAAAUAUUUUGAAUUCAUAUUGUACACCAGUUAUAUGAAAAAUAAUAUGCAAUUUACAUGUUAAGAUACUAAAGACGGUUUUGAUUCUGAAAUAAAUGAUGCUUAUGUAUCAAUUUUUAAAAUACAGAAUACAAUAUCUUUAGCUUUUGAUUCAGUGAUUUAUACUCUUUCAAUGGUCAUAAAUAGUGUUGGCAUAAUUAGUCUUUUUCCUUACUGGGUAUAUGCUUGUUUUUAUUACCAAAUGUUAAAACAAAAGGUUUUUUGUACAUUAUUUUUAACUGUGUCCUUCCUUUCCUUUUAAAUGAACUUAUUCUUCAAAAUAGUUGUAACAAUAAAUGAAUAAAACUUUACUGGUGACAUCAAUUGUAUUUUAUCUAGAUGAAAGUGUUAGUUCUAUACCAUGAACUUCUAGACAAACCUUAUUGUAAAGUAUUUGUAACUGUGAUAGAUAGUGAAUCCUGUGUCGAGCCUUUUAAAUGUAAGAGGAGUAUCAAGGCAUAUGAUAGGGCUUUGUGUUAGAAAUGGAGGAGCAAGUAAUGAAGGAUAAAAUGAGAAGUGGUAGAAGUGAUGAAGAUAAAAAUUGUAGCAAGUGACAAAAGCUUUUGAAACUGAAAUUCAUUAUCUUAUUCAUAUUAAAAACUAACAUAAAAAUGAUGUGUUAAAUAGCUUGUGUUAAAAAGUUUAACAAAUAACAGAAAUUAAGAAUUUUGUAAUAAAAAAAAUUAUGUACGGUUAAAAAAGAUCUGAUACAAUACAUAGAGUUAUAAAUAAAUAAUUAAAAUACCAUAUGAUGUUUAAGUACUAAAUGAAAUAGAAAUGGUGCUGUUAUUUUAUAAUA